CCGCCUCUCUCCGGCCUUUACGGACCCGGCUCCUGUGAUCCGUCUCCAUCCUCUUCUAGUGGAGCGUCUUUGGACAAAUAUUUACCAUGACGGAGCAGAUGACCCUCCGGGGGACCCUUAAAGGCCAUAAUGGCUGGGUCACACAGAUAGCUACCACUCCGCAAUUCCCAGAUAUGAUCCUCAGCUCUUCCCGGGAUAAAACAGUCAUUAUGUGGAAACUGACACGUGAUGAGACAAACUAUGGUGUCCCUCAGCGUGCCCUGCGUGGACACUCCCACUUCGUCAGUGAUGUGGUCAUUUCAUCAGAUGGGCAGUUUGCCCUUUCUGGUUCCUGGGAUGGCACUCUGCGUCUGUGGGACCUUACUACUGGCACCACAACACGGCGCUUUGUUGGUCACACCAAGGAUGUCCUGAGCGUAGCUUUCUCUGCUGACAACCGACAGAUCGUGUCUGGAUCCCGUGACAAGACCAUCAAACUAUGGAAUACACUGGGAGUGUGCAAAUACACAGUGCAGGAAGAAUCUCACUCAGAGUGGGUGUCAUGUGUCCGAUUCUCCCCAAACAGCAGCAAUCCAAUCAUUGUAUCCUGUGGCUGGGACAAGAUGGUGAAGGUCUGGAAUUUGGCUAACUGCAAACUGAAGACAAACCACAUCGGGCACAGCGGCUACCUGAACACUGUGACAGUGUCCCCUGAUGGAUCACUGUGCGCAUCUGGUGGCAAGGAUGGACAAGCCAUGCUCUGGGAUUUAAAUGAGGGAAAGCACCUGUACACCCUGGACAGCGGAGAUGUCAUCAAUGCUCUGUGCUUCAGCCCCAACCGCUAUUGGCUGUGCGCAGCCACUGGACCCAGCAUCAAGAUCUGGGAUCUGGAGGGAAAAAUCAUUGUGGAUGAACUGAAACAGGAAGUGAUCAGCACUAGCAGCAAAGCUGAGCCCCCACAAUGCACCUCACUGGCCUGGUCAGCUGAUGGACAGACCCUCUUUGCCGGAUACACAGAUAACCUGAUCAGAGUGUGGCAAGUGACCAUUGGUACCCGAUAAACCUACACAGAAAGCUGCACCAAGAGCCCGGAGUCUGAGACUAUUAUUUUGUCAUGAUGCCAAGAGUCUCAAUACAAUAAAAUUCCUAUAAAAAUG